AUGGAUGCAUCCUCUAGGAAUUCCUGCUUGUCUCCACUAGAUUACAAAACAGAGAAAUAUGUUCUGACGAAAAAUAGAAAAAUUGGAGUAUUACAUCGCCUGCUCCAUUUUGGAAUUAUUUGUUACAUAAUUGGAUGGGUAUUUUGUACAAAGAAAGGAUACCAAGAAAUUGAUUCUGAUCCCCAGUUCUCUGUGAUAACAAAACUCAAGGGAGCUUCAAUUACUCAGAAUUUGAGAGGAUUACAGGGGAAACUGUGGGAUGUAGCAGAUUUUGUGAAACCAUCUCAGGGAGAAGAUAUAUUCUUUUUGGUGACUAAUUUCAUAGCAACAUUAGGACAAGUACUAAACACCUGCCCAGAGAGUCCUUUGAUUUUAGAUGGCAGGUGCAGUAAACACUUGGACUGUGCUGCUGGGGAACCUGUGGAGAAUGGAAAUGGUAUAAAAACAGGAAAAUGUGUAAGACUGAACAAUACAUAUUCCACAUGUGAAAUUUUUGCCUGGUGUCCUGUAGAAAGUGGAUUACUGCACAGGAAACCUUUGCUAUCAGAAGCAGUACAUUUUACCCUUUUUAUUAAAAACACAAUUUGUUUUAGCAAAUUUAACUUCUCAAGAACCAACACUCUGGACACAUCAAAUGAGACAUAUUUUAAGAGCUGCAGAUAUGAUCCUGUUUUGAAUCCAUAUUGUCCAGUCUUCAAAAUAGAAGAGAUCAUCAAUGCAACGGGCCACAGUUUUGAGGAUAUAGCAUAUCUGGGAGGAGUUGUUGCAGCUGAUAUUGAGUGGAAAUGUGAUCUGGAUCAACCUGCAUUUGAAUGCACACCACAUUAUUCCUUUAGACUACAAGAUAAGAACAAUAAUUUUAGAAUUGCAUCGUAUUACUGGGACAAAGAGAGAAAUGAAUACAGAGACCUUCUCAAGCUUUAUGGGAUACGAUUUGAUAUAUCUGUGACUGGUGAGGCACGAAGAUUUGGUAUAAUCCCGACUGCUGUAAGCCUGGGGACUGGGUGUGCAUUCUUUGGUGCAGCAACAUUUUUAUGUGACCUUAUUCUGUUAUACUUAGAUGAAAAAGCCGUUCUGUACAGAGAUUGGAAAUAUGAAGUGGUUAGACCACCAAAAGCCUCUCCAGAAUCUACAACUGCCUGCGACCAUAAUCCAGGAAGUAUAAACACAGAGUGA